AUGUGGGCGGGUCAAGAACGGCUCAAAGACAAAUUUACGAGGCUUUUUCAGCAACAAGCAACUGUUUUUGCCAUGGGAUUUUGGGACAAUGGAAGCUGGACAUGGUCGUUCCAAUGGCGUAGAACAAUCUUGCCUAGAGAGGAGGAAAUUAUCCAGGAAUUUCUCUCCUUCUUACAUCAAGUCACUCUAGUUGAAGGACGAAUUGAUAAAUGGAUAUGGAAGGCGGCUGAGGAGGGCUCAUACACAGUAAAAUCUGCUUUUGAAGUGAUGCAAGACUUAGAGUUAGAGGAACCGAUUCCGGUGUUCCUUGAAUUAUGGAAAGGGGCAGCACCUUCCAACGUGCUAGCUUUCGGGUGGCGAGUUUUUUGGGGCCGGGUGCAAACAAAAGUAAACUUGCAAAGAAGGGGGAUUAUUACAAAUGGGGAGAAUACCUCAUGUGCCUUUUGUCAGGAGACGGAAGAAUCCCUAAAUCACCUCCUCCUCUUGUGCCCUUUUUCUCACCAAGUGUGGUCCUUAUGUCACCGAUGGCUAGGAGUUCUGACUGCACUUCCAGAUUGUGUUUCAGUGCAUUUCUUGCAGUUUGGCAAUGAUUUUCGCACUCUAAAACAGCAGGGUCUGAUGAAGACAGUUUGGCUAGCAAUAGCAUGA